AUGAGCCGCCCUCGGACGCUGCCGGGAGAGAGGAAGUAUGCUGAUAUGAUGAACCUGUGGAAGUUCCAGUUCGCUCGGCAGUCGCUUGACUACAGCGGUUGUCGGAUCUCUGACCAAGGCUACACGAUCGGCGACGGCAAGCUGCAGACUAAGGGUAAGGGUGCCAGCAGUCCGUUCAAGCUGUCGGCCGCCGCCAAGGACAAGCCUGCCAAGGAGCCGGCCGAGUCACCCAAAAAGAAGCCCGCCGGCCCGGCCAAGGCCAAGAAGACUCCCAAAAAGGCCACUAAAAACCCGGCUGACAAGAAGAAGGCCACCAAGUCGCCGGCCAAGGAUAAGAAAGCCAAGCCCACCAAGGCCAAAAAGGCCAAGUCGCCGGCCAAGAAGCAGGCUGGCGCGCCGCCACCUCGGCGGCAGUGA